AUGACCACCACAGAUUCAUCACAAUUGGAUCAAUUGGAUCAAUUAUUUUCAUCAUUAAGAAAAAAUACUUCUACAUCAAAUGAUGAUAAAUUUAUUGAUUAUUUAACAAAACAGCCAAAUUUAAAUAAUGAAUUAACUAUUUCUCAAGAAAAUCUUGAAUUGAAAGAAAAAUUUUUACUAAAUUCAAAUAUUUUAAACUGGGAUUUAUUAGAUUUGACUCAAUGUGUCCCUUCAUUAAAUUUUCUAGAUGAAAAUAAUCAAAUUGGAAAAGAAAAUACCCAUGAUUAUAAAUCUUUAUUGAAAUUACCAAACAUUCUUAAUAGAUCUUCCUACCAUUUUAAAAGAUCUGGCCUUGAUGGUAAAAUCACAGGCUAUAAAGAAUCUGUUAAUCUGAUGGAAAUCACUUACGCAAAUUCAUCAAACUCACUUUCAUUAAAUAGAUCCAUUGACAAUAAUUCAAAUGCAAUUUCUGGUUCUUCUUCUAAUUUACCUUUCACUCCAGGUGGGAUUUCAAUGAGUAUAUUAGAUUCAAAAACUGCAGGUUCUAAUGUAUCAAGGGCUACAAAAUUGUUACAUAAAGAUGAUCAAGGAUUGUUCGACAUUCCUUCAGGGUUUGAAAGAGGUAUUCUACCAAUGGAAUCUUUAACAUCUAAAAGUGACUCCAUUAUAGAAGAUGAAGUUAAUCAGUUAAAUCAAAUUGAUAAUGAAAUUGAUGUAGAAAAUGAAAUUUUAAUGAGUCAACAAUUAGAGAAUGAUCAAGUAAAAAUAAAUUCAAAAAAAAACAUUUUAGGUGACGAUGAAUUUAAAAUUAAUUCAAAUCAAUCAAAAGAUGAUAUAAUAGAGCUUGAUAAUUUAUUACCUAUAGGUAUUGAUUUUGGUAGAUCUAUUGUAUCCGAUUCAUCUUCAAACGAUCCUUUAAAGAAAAAAAAUUGGGCUCACAUUGUAGAUUUAAAUCAUUCAAUUGAUAAUUUCGACGAAUUGGUUCCAAAUCCAGCAAGAACAUGGCCUUUUGAAUUAGAUACUUUUCAAAAGGAAGCUGUAUACCAUUUAGAACAAGGUGAUUCUGUCUUUGUAGCAGCACAUACUUCUGCAGGUAAAACUGUUGUUGCAGAGUAUGCAAUUGCCAUGUCUAAAAGAAAUAUGACAAAGACAAUUUAUACUUCACCAAUCAAAGCUUUAUCGAAUCAAAAAUUUAGGGAUUUUAAAGAAACGUUUCAAGAUAUCGAUGUUGGAUUAAUUACAGGGGAUGUUCAAAUUAAUCCAGAGGCAAAUUGUUUGAUUAUGACUACUGAAAUUUUAAGGUCAAUGCUAUAUCGUGGUGCAGAUUUAAUUAGAGAUGUAGAAUUCGUCAUUUUCGAUGAAGUUCAUUAUGUCAACGAUCAAGAUCGUGGGGUUGUUUGGGAAGAAGUCAUUAUUAUGCUGCCACAACACGUGAAGUUUAUCUUAUUAUCUGCCACUGUGCCCAAUACUUUUGAAUUUGCUACUUGGAUUGGUAGAACAAAACAAAAAAAUAUUUAUGUUAUUUCUACUCCAAAGAGACCUGUUCCUUUAGUAAUUAAUUUAUGGGCUAAGAAAGAAUUAAUUCCUGUAAUUAAUGAAAAGAGAGAAUUUUUAAUUAAAAAUUUCAAUAAUCAUAAAGCCUUACUUGAAGAUACUCCAUCAAAAAACAAUGGUACUAAAAACGACAAUAAGAAUUCAACUCGUGGUGGAUCAAGAGGUGGCUCUAGAAGUGGAUCAAGAGGUGGAUCAAGAGGCGGUUCAAGCAGAGGGAAUGCAAACCGCGGUGGUUCCCGUGGAGCAGGUGCCAUUGGCUCAAACAGGAGUCAGUUUUAUAAAAGAGGUGGUAGUAUGCCAACAAAAAAGACUUGGCCAGAAUUAAUCAAUUAUUUGAAAAGUCAUGACUUAUUACCCGCUGUUAUUUUUGUAUUUAGCAAAAAACGUUGUGAAGAUUAUGCUGACUGGUUAGAAGGUAUUAACUUCUGUACAAAUAAAGAAAAAUCACAAAUUCAUAUGUUUAUAGAAAAAUCUAUUACCAGAUUAAGAAAGGAAGAUAGAGAGUUACCACAAAUCUUAAAAAUCAGAUCGUUAUUGGAAAGAGGUAUUGCUGUUCAUCAUGGUGGGCUAUUACCUAUCGUGAAAGAAUUGAUUGAAAUUUUAUUUGCAAAGGGGCUAAUUAGAGUUUUAUUUGCUACUGAAACAUUUGCCAUGGGUUUAAAUUUACCCACUAGAACUGUUGUGUUUUCUGAAAUUAAAAAGCAUGAUGGUAAUUCUCAAAGAUAUUUAACUCCUGGUGAAUUUACACAAAUGGCAGGAAGAGCAGGUAGAAGAGGUAAGGAUUCAACCGGUACAGUAAUUGUUAUGACUUAUACCGAGCCUUUCAAAGAAGGUAAUUUUAAAGAAGUCACUCUUGGCAUUCCUACCAAAUUAGAAUCUCAAUUUAGAUUAACUUAUAACAUGAUUUUGAACUUACUAAGAAUUGAAGCAUUAAAAGUGGAAGAAAUGAUUAAGUAUUCAUUUAGUGAAAAUAUUAAUCAAAAUCUAUUGCCAGAGCAUGAAAAGAAAAUAAAACAAUUAAAUGAAGAAAUGUUACAAAUUCAAACUAUACCGUGUGAAACUUGUGACAGUGAUAUUUCUACAUUUAUUGAUUUAGUGGAUCAAUUUAAAAAGAGUACUGAAAAUAUGUUAGAAGAGCUUGCAAAAACUUCGAACUUUUUCAGAAUUUUCAGGACAGGUAGACUGAUUGUAUAUCGAGACAAAGAUGAUAAUUGUAAGCUAGGUUUUAUUUUCAGAAGUAAUAUGAAAGAAAAUUCAUUUGUCGUCAUGACCAUCUCAGAACCAAUGAAAUUACCAGAUGGAUCUCCAAAUCAUCUACCGUACAUGGGUAACAUGAAUGCUUAUAAUAAAAGAAAUUUCCCAACAGUAACCCUUUGUGAUUAUUAUUUUGAAGAUGUAUCAUUAUUAUCUGUUGAGUUAAUAUCUGCUUACACAUUGAAAUUACAAUUCCAAGACAUUAUGAAAGGUGAUGAAGAUAUACUUAAAUCUUUCAAAGAUGAAUUAUUUAUUAUUUCUAGAGUAGCAAAUCACUUGAAAGAAACUGAUACAGAGAAAACAAGUAGUUUAAUGGUUCAUCAGCAUUUAUUGGAAAGAAAUAAUAUAAGGGAAAAAAUUAGAAAUUUAAAAUGUACUAGUUGUGAAAAAUUAUCAAUUCAUUAUGUCUUACAUUAUAAAAUAUUCCAAAUUGAAAGAGAAAUCAAAAAUUUGUCACAUUUAAUGUCGGAUCAAAAUUUGUCCUUGUUACCAGAUUAUGAAAGCAGAUUAAGUGUAUUAAAGGAUGCUGGCUUCAUUGAUCCAAAUCAAAACGUUUUAUUGAAAGGAAGAGUUGCUUGUGAGAUUAGUACUGGGUAUGAAUUGGUAUUAACUGAGUUAAUUUUAGAUAAUUUCUUAGGUGAUUUCGAACCUGAAGAAAUCGUUGCAUUGUUAUCAGUUUUUAUUUAUGAAGGUCGAACGAAGGAGGAUGAACCACCUGUUCCAACACCAAGAUUAGCAAAAGGUAAAAAAAGAAUUCAAGAAAUUUAUGCUCAAAUGCAAUCAAUUUAUGAAAAGUACCAAGUAACUCAGACCCAAGAAGAAGCUGAAUUUUUAGAAAAAAAGAGGUUUGCUUUAAUGAAUGUAGUUUAUGAAUGGGCAAGGGGAUUAUCUUUCAAAGAAAUUAUGCAAAUCAGUGCUGAACAAGAAGGUACAGUUGUUAGAGUUAUCACUAGAUUAGAUGAAGUAUGCCGCCAAGUGAAAACUGCGGCUGUUAUUAUUGGUAAUUCCAAUUUACAUACAAAAAUGUCUCAAGCUCAAGAAUUAAUAAAAAGAGAUAUUGUUUUUGCUGCAAGUUUGUAUUUAUGA